GGGGGGGGAGGGGCAGGCCAAAGGUUCACGUCCGGCGUCCUGGUGCCUCGGACCACGUCGAUUGCGAGACUGCCGAGCCAAAAGGAGGAGGACAGUGAUUAUCGACACCCUCGACACCGUAAACAAUGGCGACCGCACGGGCCGGCGAAAGCAUCAGUGGGAGCAGAAUCAAGGGACCGGCUGCUCGUUUAUCGGCCGCUGUCGACAGAGCUGCAUCGGUCAGCGUGCAAUAUGUGCGGAGUACCACGGGCGUUGUUGCGCGACCGGCCGACCACGCGGCGUCGUCGUUAAGCGACGGCAUGGAACUGAGCGAUCGCACGGAGAGCUGCCGGCUCGCGGUGCCGGACGAGACGAGCCCGCUGCUGGCGUUCCCGGCGACCGGGGUCCGGCCGCGCCGCUGCUCGUCGCUGGGCAGCCGCGACGACGCGCCCGAGGCGGACGCCGAGGUCGUCGACGAGGAGAAGCCACAGGUCUCGCCCAGACAGCUAUGGCUCAACCGCGUCAAGACCGGCGUGCUCAGCCUCAUCGUCGUGUUCGCCGUGGUGGUGAUGAGCUUCAUCCCCGAGCUGACCGAGACGUGGACCAGCGUCGCGAUCACCGGAAACGAGUCGUACGUUCACAACCUGAGCCUGCUGCUGGAGCCGGGUCACCCCGUGGUGCGGGUUCGUGCUCGGGGGCCGUUCAUCUCCGAGGAGCUCGGCAACCUGUCCGGGCUGUGGACAGUGUUCACGCUCGAGGGCAGCGCAGACCCACCGGUCCGAGUGCCCACUGCGCCGCCGCCACUGCAGCCGACGCCAGUGCAGUGGGAGCACCUGUUUCCUCUGCCCAGGGACUCCGUCGCUCAGCGGCAGCCCCUGGGUGGCUACGCUCUCGAGGUGCACCUGGAGUCGUCAUCGGACGUGGCUAGCGUGCCGCAGGUAUCGCUCAGCGUGGACGUGAGUGCAUUCACUGAGCUCACGCAGCUCGGGCUGCUCAUGGGCGGAGCGGUGCUGCUGGGCCUGUACGUGCUCAUCGUGUUCGAGCUGGUGCACCGUACGCUGGCCGCCAUGCUGGCAGCCACGGCGGCCAUCGCGUGCCUCGCGCUCAUCGGGGACCGGCCAAGCCUCGCGAAGGUGAUGUCAUGGCUGGACGUGGAGACUCUCUGCCUGCUCUUCGGCAUGAUGGUGCUGGUGGCCAUUCUGUGCGAGACGGGCUUCUUCGACUACGCGGCCGUGGUCGCUUUCCGCGUGGCGCGCGGUCAGGUCUGGCCCCUGGUCACGACGUUGUGCGCCACCACGGCGCUUGUGUCCGCCUUCCUGGACAACGUCACCACCAUACUGCUCAUGACACCAGCCACCAUCAAGCUUUGCGAGGUGAUGGACCUGGACCCGAAGCUCAUCCUCAUCUGGCUGGUGAUAUUCUCGAACAUUGGCGGAGCCGCCACGCCCGUUGGCGACCCUCCGAACGUCAUCAUCAUCUCCAACCAGCAGGUCGCUGCCAUGGGCAUCAACUUCACCUCGUUCACGGCGCACAUGGUGCCUGGGGCGCUGCUGUGCCUGGCGGGUGCGUACCUCCUGCUGCGGCUGCGCGACACCAAGAGCCUGCGGCCGCACGAGGCGCCCGAGUUGCUGGAGCUUCAGCGCGAGCUGGACAUCUGGCGCAAGGCGUACCGCUCGCUGUCCGAGUACUCGCGCGACGAAAAGCACGUCAAGGACAUCCUCGAGCGGAAGGUGAAGCGCCUCGAGCGCCUGCGCUCCCGCAAGGCGGCCGAUCUGCGCUGCACCGAGGAGGGAUUUCGCCAGAACCUGCAGUUGCUCUCCGACAAGUACAAGAUCCGUAACCGUGGCCUGCUGGUGAAGACCGGCAUCGUGCUGGGAUGCGUCAUUGUGCUCUUCUUUAUGCAGAGCUUUCCCAACCUGCACCUGAGCCUAGGCUGGAUCGCCGUCCUGGGCGCGCUGCUGCUCCUGGUCCUGGCCGACCUGGACGACCUGGAGCCCGUGAUGGCGCGCGUCGAGUGGACCACGCUGGUGUUCUUCGCCGCGCUGUUCGUGGUGAUGGAGGCGCUGGGCGAGCUCCAGCUCAUCUACUUCAUCGGCCAGCGCACGCAGGAGUGGAUCGGCGCGCUGCGGCCGCAGUCGCAGCGCCCCGUGGCCAUCCUCAUCGUGACGUGGGUGUCGGCGCUCGCCUCGUCGCUCAUGGACAACAUCCCGUUCACCACCGCCAUGGUCAAGGUGGUGACGGGCCUCUCCGAGGGUCCCGCGCUCGUGUACGCACUCGCGUGGGGCGCCUGCCUGGGCGGCAACGGCACGCUCAUCGGCGCCUCGGCCAACGUGGUCUGCGCCGGGGUCGCCGAGCAGCACGGUCACCGGUUCACCUUUUUCGACUUCUUCAGAAUCGGCUUCCCCGUCAUGCUGCUGACGACGGCGAUCGCCUCACUGUGGCUGCUCUUCUGCCACGUAUGGCUGCAGUGGAACACCUAGGCCACAACCUCAAGACUUUAGGAUUAAUAAACGAAAUAAACACGUUGGAACACCUUUGUAUAUGGCAAAAUAAGAAACCAUUCUCUUUAUAUCGACAAA